GGCUCCAGUGCGGCCGCUGAUUGGCUGCUGAAGGCUUGGUCCCAUCCCAGUGACCCCAAAGUGCUGGAGGGAGGGGGUGGGGGUGGCCCAGUGCAAAGUGCAUCCCGAAAGCCCCCUGCCUGGAGCCCCUGCGGCUGGCACUUCGGACCCUGUAUGACCCGGGACCUCGCUGCCCCGAGACCUCUCGUGUGCCCCGGUAGCUGGGAGCCUCCGGCCCGGAGCGCGGCAGCCCCCUGCUCCGAGCCCUCAGACCGGGACUGCCCCCCCCACCCGAGCCGGGACUUCCUCCCUGCACCCCUGCCCCGAGGCUGCCCGGCGGUCAGGACCGUCGCCCCCAUUCUGCUCGGCUGUCUGGAUGCUCGGCGGGCUGGGGCCGUGAGGCAUCAAGAAGGAUCAGGAACACCCGUGUCCGGCCCUGCCUGGGAUGUUUGUUCAAUGGAGAAGUUGGUGAGUGUGGAGAAGGCUGAAAGGAGGAAGAGAAGCAGCAGCUGAGGAGACAGGUUUGAGCUGGCUAGAGGAGACGAGAGAGCAGGAAGGGUCAAGCCACCCACCAGAGAAGCAGCAGAGAGCCUCUGACCAGCAUCCUGUAUAAAGGUUAAGAAAGCUCAAUCACGCUGCAAUCUGGACACACUCUGAGCCUUCUCCUCACAAUGCUGUAUGUGCACAAUGGUUAUUAGGCAAUCCACGUAUCAGAAGAAGGGACAUUCUUCCACAAGGCUAUUCCCUGUGACCUAAUGAAUCCUUGGUAAAAAGUGGACUCAGCUAGGAUGUUACACCACCAUUGUCGAAGGAACCCUGAACUCCAGGAAGAAUUGCAGAUUCAGGCUGCAGUGGCUGCCGGGGAUGUUCACACAGUACGAAAGAUGUUAGAACAAGGCUAUUCUCCAAAUGGCCGGGAUGCUAAUGGCUGGACCCUUCUUCAUUUCUCUGCAGCAAGAGGGAAGGAAAGAUGUGUUCGAGUAUUUCUAGAACAUGGAGCUGAUCCUACAGUUAAGGACUUGAUCGGAGGCUUCACUGCUCUUCAUUACGCAGCUAUGCAUGGCCGGGCCCGGAUCGCACGCCUGAUGUUAGAGUCUGAAUACAGGAGCGACAUUAUUAAUGCCAAAAGUAAUGAUGGCUGGACUCCCCUCCAUGUGGCUGCUCACUAUGGGAGGGACUCUUUUGUCCGACUUCUACUGGAGUUCAAGGCGGAGGUCGACCCGCUCAGUGAUAAAGGCACAACACCACUUCAGCUCGCUAUCAUCCGAGAGAGGUCAAGCUGCGUGAAGAUCCUCCUGGACCACAAUGCCAACAUUGACAUCCAGAACGGUUUCCUGCUGCGAUACGCUGUGAUCAAAAGCAAUCACUCUUAUUGCCGAAUGUUCCUUCAGAGAGGAGCAGACACAAACUUGGGUCGCUUAGAAGACGGACAGACUCCUUUACAUUUGUCUGCCCUUAGGGAUGAUGUGCUUUGUGCACGGAUGUUAUAUAAUUAUGGAGCGGACACAAACACAAGGAACUAUGAAGGACAGACCCCAUUGGCUGUUUCAAUAAGUAUUUCUGGAAGUAGUCGACCAUGUUUGGAUUUCUUACAAGAAGUCACAAGACAGCCCAGAAACUUACAGGACCUGUGCCGAAUUAAAAUUCGACAAUGUAUAGGCCUUCAAAACCUAAAGCUACUUGACGAACUACCAAUUGCCAAGGUCAUGAAAGACUACUUAAAACACAAAUUUGACGAUAUCUGAUGUACACAGAACUGUGAGCAAGAUUAGGAGUUAUAUUCCAGAUACUUAAAAGGCUUUUUGCCUUGCACAAAGUAUAUCCUAUGCAAUUUCUGAUUUGCUGUGAAGUCAGAAAGCAGGUAUACACCUUUAGGUUUUUUGUUUGUUUGUUUGGUUGGUUUUCAUGGUAGGGGAGGGAUUUUUUAUAUAUAUAUAUAUAUAUAUAUAUAAACACACACACACACAAACACACACACAUCCCCACACACACACACACAUCCCACAUGCUUGAAGGUCUUAAUUUGGUUUCUUGGUCCAAGUUUAAGAGGUCCAAGCUUUCUAUACAAUAUUGCAUUUACAAAACUUGUUUUUCCAAAAUGACACAAGCAGGGCUGAAGUGGAGAAUUUACCCUUUCCAAAUUUAUGGUUUCGUGGGCGCGCACGAUGGUAUGAACCGGCAGAGCACUUGUUAAGGUUUGGAGGCACAGCUCCACCCGGGGUGGGGGGGUGGGGGGGAUCCUGGGUUCUACUGGAAAAUCCCCGAAGAAAUUUUUAAAGUAAUGCUGUCACCUCAUUCAUUUUUAAUGAGUACAAAUUGGCGGUUUCAAACUGUUCCUUUCCUAAUUAAUGUAGCUUUCGGAUGACAUAAAUCCAGUACCUCUGCUUUCCUGUUGGUGUGCUCUUAUUUUUUAACUUAUUUUUUUAACAACUGUAGUACACUACCCGGAGACAUUGGAACUCAACUUCUGUCUCUAGUUGAAUCGUGCUUUUAAAAAAAAAAAAUUAAUGGAAAAAGAAGAUAACUUUAUAAAGCCAGUGUGUUCUGUUUUUAAAACAGUGCCUCCGUGCAAUACUCUUUCUGGUGUAUUUUAUCCAUUAUUUCACUUGAUGUUUCUCAUUCCACAACCGGCUCCAACAUGCCCACAAGGACAGGAACCGCUACUUUUAAUUUUAAUUGCAGAACCAUAGUGUGUCAGUUGCAAUUUCCAUUGUAAGCUUUGUCGUUCACUUUAAGCAGAAAAUUUCAUAUCCUGGUGGUAGAGUCUUCCCUAAAAAUAGCCCAAAAUAUUGUCAAACCAUUUGGCUUUAACGGUUCAAUAAUUCAGGGUGGUUUCAUGGUGUUUUCUUUUUUUCUGUUCUUUUUUUUCCUCUUCCCAGUUUAAAAAACGAUUUCUAAAGGGUACAGUUUCGAAUGGGUGCGCAGUUGUAAGUCUGGUUAAUUCCUGUUAUGCUAAUUAAACAUUUCCUAUUCAUUUUAAGGUUAUGCACAGUGAAACUCUUCUGGACGGUCGUUUUAUUUUCUGGGUUGAUUGGGCAUACGUUUGCAGUGUAAACAUGGUUAUGAUAAUGUGUACCAACGGGAAAGGUUCCAGAAGCAUUAGGGAUCUAUGAUGAUGCCCUUAGAAAUGUGUUCUGUGCUUGAUUUGUCAUCGUAUUGGUUUCAGAAGAACCUUUUCAAAUAUCCCAGUAUUGUUCUUAGUGCUUUGGGAAAUUUCAAAAUAUUUACACACUAGUAAUAAAUUUGUUAUCAGAAGUUUACAAGAUGAAGGGCUUCUCUCGUCUGAAUUUCUAGUUUUAAGUCAUUCAGUAUAAAACGUUUUCAUCUGGAAAGUGCAAGCAGAAUUAAGAAUCUACUCUGGCUUUACAUUUUUUAGAGAGCCAGCAGCGCCAUUUUCUCAAGCACAAAGUCUGUUCUCUUGGAUGCGGAGUAGCUUUGGUGUUGGAGUAUCUGAUCUGCUGUAGGCAUUGCAUAGGUUUAUGAAGAACAAGAACGGGCAGCUUUGGAAACAAUGAUUUGGGGAUUGCUGAUGGGGUACAUGGACUCUUUUGCGGGGAGCCAGUGAGAACGUGGCCAGUUUUAUAACCAUUCCAAAACUAACUGGAACUUGAUGGAUAGAAAUGGGUCAUCUCCAUCUUCCAAGAGAGAAAGUCCCUUUUGGAAGUGAACUGUGUUCUCAUUCUUUUAACCAGUGCCCAAGUCAGAACUGAGACAUACUUGCAGCAUCAGGGGCAUGGCAUGGCCAGAAAUGAAUUGAGUGUUACUUCCCCCUCAAAGCCCAGGCCUUUAGGGAGGCGAGGAGCUGGGAGGGCGCCUGGGACCCUGCACUCUGAGCAGGAAUAUUAACAUUACCGUCACACAGGGCUUCUUUCCUCAAACGUGUGUAUUCAUUUAUUCAGGUAGAUUAAAAUGAUUUCUUUCCCCAGCCAUUUGGAGGUUUCCAAACUAAGUUAGCCACUGAGUUUGAGUCAGGGAAUUCCAAGUAAGAAGAUCAGAUUAAGGUAAAUUCUUUGUUCUGUAUUGCUGCUGCAACUUCGGAAAAAAAUUAUGAGAGCUCUUCCUGGAAUUGAAAUUUCUAUUUAACGAAGAAGUGGAUAAUUCCAUUGUUUAUUGUUUGAAGUUUGAUUUACCUGGAAGCUUAAAGAGAAUGUUUUGGUUUUGUUAGUGAAAUCCCAAUCACAUACCCUAUUCAACUACAACUAAAACUUCAGUCUCAAAGGUGGUAACCAGUAGAAUACAGGGACGAUCGUGCAGGUCCGCAUUUGAAUUUAAUUGGCAGGGAUGCAUUCUGUGGUCACGUCAUGAGUAGAGAGAACAAGUAUUUUCAGAAGAUCAACUGAUUGGUUUUUCCUGAAUCUUCACCACAGUGUUCCAAACAUUAUCAAAUUUGUCACUGAGCCUUCUAUGUUCCUUUUGGAAUUUAUUGUUUAAACCUAUUCUUAAACCUUUAUAAAAAUAUAUUUGGCAAGUACACCAAAGAAACCAACUCAUAAAAGAUUAUGAUCAUUAAUGAACUGCCAACCUCAUCUUUUGAAAACAGAUUUUUUUUGUGUGUAAAUAUUUGUGUUUAUAAAUGUACAGCAGAGUUAAGAGUGUUUUUUAGGUUAUUUAAUUCCCAUAUUUCUAAACUAUUUACUACAGAAUAAUCCACGCUUGUUAGUUUGGAGGACUUGACUGUUUUGUUUUUUUUAAUUCAUUAUCAGUCAUUCUUGGAACAGCAUUUCCGCUAGAGAAUUCAGUGUUCUGGCAAGAGAAAGAGUCCACAUCUGGAGCCUGAGGAGUCUAGAGUGAUUUGUCAGACGCACACCCUAAGAGACAAGAAUGUAUAGUUUCAUUACCAGAGUGGACCAUAUGCAAACAGAUUCUAACUUCCCUGCAGGUUUGCUCAGUAGCCCAGAAUGUGAUUGGGAUGAGGCCCUUUGCCCACAAAUUUAGCUUUCAUGUAACUCCUAGUGUUAUAUCAUAAUGUAUUUUGUUCUUCCUUUGUAAUGUAAGUUUUGCUUUGGGUCAAUUUGAAUUAAAAAAAAAAAAACUUAAAUCUGGUUUAAAACCCUUUCGGAAUUGUGUUUUAUUUCUAGUCUACCUUAGCUUUUUCAUAUUCUAGGCUGUUCGGUGAAAAGAAACGAAGAUCUGUCUUUCAUUCGUCGGCAUUUUAGAUCAUUGGGAACUGCAUGGAGAGCGUGAUCCAGAAAACAGCAUCAGUUUAGAUCAGAGAAGGCAGUUCUUGCCCCCUCCCCCAAUCACUUAUUUCGCCGUGUUCUGCAUGUACCACCACAAAAGAGUGUUGAUUGAGCACCAAGCCCUUUUGGGCCCAAUUCACCUCUGCCUCAUGCCUGCCACACCUUGACUGAGCACAGAGUUCGGACCACAUUGUUUCUAAGCACAGAACAGAAUGAUUAAUUGGAGGUAGUUGAUUAGUCUGCAGGAGAUAGAAGCAAGACAACUCUGAUUUCACACUUCCUUUAUGUAAUAUAAACACAGUUUGAUUCAGGAGAGACUUCACACUACUGUGAGUGACGGUGUGCUGAGGAAAAGGGAGGGCAGACAGUUGAGACGGAGCACCCCGAUGCAGAAAUAACCGAUAUUUUGCAACUAACUUUGUUGAGGACUUGUCCAGGGUUUGGCACAACCAAAGGCCAAGAAUGGGACAUUUGAAACCGUUCCUAAUGAUCAGCAGGGGAGUUCAGAUGUGAAAAAUAGCUGUGUUGCUUGGAAAUCUUGAGGUCAUUCCUUUUCCAAUAUGAUGUAAGUAGUGUUUUGUUUUUUCAGCUGACAAUUUACAAAAAUGGCUUACUAGCUAUUGAUAAAACAGAUUAUCUACUUGAUAAAAAAAUAUUUCCACAUCCCAUGUAGCAGCGUUUCAGAGAAGAGAGAAAAUGGAUUUGUAUCUGCUGCCUGUAUUUAUGUAACAUAAUGUAACUGUGUUCUCUUAACACGUCUUACGUGUUAGAACUUAUAUGAGCUUAAAUACCAAUAAAGAUUUUAAAUAUCCACUGCCAGAUAUUUAGGCCCGAGUUGCUCUAGACUCCUAAGAUACAAAGGUAAUUGGUCUUUAUUCGGUCAUUAGUUAUUCGGUCAUUACCAUUGAGAUGUCUUAAGUGUUAGAUAACUGAGGUGUCAAGUCGGCAUAUGGCGCUGCUGGAUCUCAUGACUUUUCUUUACGCUGCUGGUAAAUAGUAUUUAAACUUUUGUAAAUAUAUUUCUUUACUAAGGGAUCAUGAUGCCUUUUAUAGGUAUUUCUUUAUCUUCCAGAAGAACUCUGUGAUUCCUGAGCGACAGUUAACAUUCUGAAUCCCAUUUGGAAAGACUGAGGUGAUCUGCGGGGAGGUCCUGUAAGAGAUGGUCGGUGUGGGAAUGAAACCCUGAGCUAGUGCUGCUGCUCCAGCGCUCAGUCUCUUGUCCUGAAGGAGUGUCACACUCAGUAUUGAAAUGUGCUCUUAUGUUUCCUUCAUUCGCUGACGCCCAGAGUGCCUUGUGCUGCGUUUUCCAUUGCGCAUCCACAAACCAUGCAAUUUAUCAAUUCUGAAGAUCCAUUACGGGUAAAGGAUCAGAUUCCAGGGAAUUACUCUCUUCUGUUGCAGAUAGGACCUUAAAAAAAAUUCAUAUAAUUGUUUGUGGUUACUAUAAAUAUGUUCUGAGUCUUGGUUUAUUCCGGCAUCUUAAAAAUCAUGCUUAGCACAUUUUUUAUGUUUCCUUUUAAUUAGGAAAUUGUUUCACAUUAGUUAAGUGUGACUUCUUUUACAUUACACUAAGUAGUAAUGAAGUGAUUCACUUUUCUCUGAAAUAGUAUUUUAUGAAUCAGAAAAGAAGUGGCUUAAUUUGGACAACAGGACUUAGUUGAAGUUGAGAGACUCGGUCACAUGAUGAGUAGGCUGUGCCAUUGUGACUGACACAGAGGUAAUCCAGCUGCAGGGAGUUCCUAUUUUAUCUGGCAAACGGAGUCCUAUUUUUCUUGCUGCUCAGGCUUGAAGCUAAUGUUGCUUUUCUUCCUCUGAUAGUGUUGGGUCAGGUCACUGCUCAGUUUUCUUUUUCUUUACUGAAAAAAAAAAAAAAAAGACCAUUUGUAGGGGUAGGGCAUGGGUUUACAGUACAUGACCAUUUUGUAUUUCUCUAGGGGCUUUCUAGGUUUUCCCUCUCUUAGUUCUGGCCACUUAACCCUUUAGCGAAGUACAUACACGUGCACAAGGUAUGGCCUUGGCCACACCAGGUUGCUUUUGUGUGCUGAUUGGAGAGUUCCCAGAUUGUUUGUUUUUCCUGCCUUACCUGGGUAGAAUUCUAGCUUACUACCAUUUAGGAAGAAUGCCUAGCAAACUAGUCAGGGCUACAUCCAUCUAUCAUCUUGGGUAGCGCCACAGAGGAACAGAUUGCAUUUCUUCUUGGUUUAUUACCAGUGCUCUUAAGAAACCAUUUGCUGUGAGAUCUUUGCACAGUGAGCUCCUGGGGGACAGAUCCUUGGUCUUAUUUGCCUAAAUCUCAAACAGUUCCCUUAAAGCCUCCAAGGAAACCAGGAACAAGUGGAUGACAGCAUCAGCUUUUCUCAGUUCCAAAUCUCAGGUAAGUGGAGUCCUCAUUCCUGCCAGUAUUGCCUUUUGCUGUUCCUUCCUCCUCCCCUCUGUCCACAUCCUUCUGGCCUCCCCUCCACCAUAGUCACUGGGCAGCGGACUCACAUGAUCGACCAUGCGUGACACUGUGAUGGCAAGCUUCCAAAGAGAGACUGCUGGACUCUGGCUGCAGGGAAUUCUGUCCACCAGGAGACUGCAUCCUGAGCUGGCACAGCACAUCAAGCUUCUUGAAGGAUUCCUGUUCCCGUUGGGGCAGUGGACACUCCAUGUAUGUCCAAUUCAGCAUGUCUAGACAGGGAUCCCCGACUCACUGUGUAUCUCCAUGGGCUACAGCCAUGCUUAGAGCUCUCCUCAGUUCUCAGGGCAGCUAGAUGGGGACCGAGGCAGAACCCCUGGCCCAUCACUACCCUCCAUGCUCAGCCUGUAGAGCACAAAUCGUAUCAUUUUCUAUGUAGUAGGAAAGCACCAGCAUAGGUGGCUCUUUAUGUUCUUUAACCUUCUCCUGAGUGCCUCCUUGGCAUGGUGCCUCACAAAGUAUUACACAAUCAAUAUUUUUCAAAUGACUGAAUCUCGUCCAAACCCUUCCUUUUACAGGUGGGAAAGCUGGGCAGUUGAGAAUGGAAGUGAUUUGGUAGCUGUGGCCACGCACGUAGUGACUGGCGGUAGGGCAUAGAAGCCAGGCUUCCUCAACCCCUGCGUUCUCCGGCCCUCCCGGGACUAGCUGGCUCUCCUCUCACUGGCACCAGUUGCUUCCCAUGAAUAGCAAUUGACCCAUUGUUCACACAGCAAUGAUGGGAUGAGACACACUUUGGCAAGAGUUGGCAGGGCUCGGGAUUUUCUAUACCUACUUCCUAGAUUUAAAGCCCACACAUCCAUACACUGCCUGUAAUUUCCUACAGAAUGUUUUCUGAAAAUUCCAUUUUAGCCUCUGCCACAACUUUUUGAACUGAAGAGAAACAACUACGAUUCUGGAGACGCCCUUAGGAAGUACACUGCCAUCCUUGUGAGGGUGGCAACAGAAAUUCUCGGCAUGCUGUGUUUCUGUUUUGCACUGCAUGUUUACAAGAUGUCCCAUAACUGGAUACAUGAGCCUGUACUGAGACCCCUGUGGCAUUCAAACUCAAGCUUUUUUUUUUUUUACCCCUUUCAUCUUUCAUGCAGGCAACUAAGAUUGAUAGAUGUUCCCAUCCUUCCAUCACAUUUUAUGAUCUCUUACAUUCAUGAUAUACAUUCCCAUUGGGAGUUAAGGAGACCUGCCAAGGAGUAGAGGGAGAAACUUGGAUAUUUCAUCUUAGCAAUAAGGUUGAGUUGAAAUAAAUAUCCUUGUAUCAGAUAGCAGCUAAUUGUUGUGUACACUUUAAAAUAGAUGCUUCUUUAAAAAGCAAAAUAAGAAAUAGUUUUUUAUCUGGAGGCUUCUGAAGUUUGUAUGUAGGGUGCUGAUAAGUUUUCUUAGGGAUUAAAUCGUUACCUUCAGCAAUUAAAAAGUAAAACUUGCAGAUUUAGAGGUGGGGGGGGGACCAAGUGUCAGUCACUACUGACAUGGAAGGUGUCAUGUUAGUUUAACCCACAACUAUAUGGCCAAGUAAUCUUUAACAAAGUAGAAAAAAAAUAUCCAAUGGGGAAAAAGUCUCUUCAACAAAUGGAGUUGGGAAAACUGGACAGCAACAUGCAGAAGAAUGAAACUGGACCACUUUCUUUGACCAUACACAAAAAUAAAUCCAAAAUCAAUGAAAGACCUAAGUGUGAGACAGGAAACCAUCAAAAUCCAAGAGGAGAACACAGGCAGCAACCUGUUUGACCUAGGCUAUAGCAACAUCUUACUAGACAUGUUGCCAGAGGCAAGGGAAACAAAAGCAAAAAUGAACUAUUGGGACUUCAUCAAGAUAAAAAGCUUCUGCACAGCAAAGGAAACAACUAAAAGCCAGCUGAUGUAAUGGGAAAAGAUAAUUGCAAAUGACAUAUCUGAUAAAGGGUUAGUAUCAAAAAUUUAUAAAGAACUUAUCAAACUUAACACCCAAAAAACAAAUGACCCAGUUAAGAAAUGGGCGGAAGACAUGAAUAGACAUUUUUCCAAAGAAGUCAUCCAGAUAGCUAACAGGCACAUGAAAAGGUGCUAACAUCACUCAUCAUCAGGGAAAUACAAAUCAAAACCAC